AUGGAGGAGACGCAACAAAAUGUUCCACCAAUUGAAAAAAUGGAUGAGUCGGAGUUGUUGUUACCUUCUCUUCUAAAGAGAAUAGUGAAAACAGCGGUAGCAGAUGCGAUGCAAGAUGUCUAUCUGAGAUUGGAUAAACUUGAAAGGGAUGCAGAGACAAGCAAAACAAAAGAAAAAGAUAGAGAAGAGGAAGCAACUGGUGAAAAGACAGAUGGUAAAACUGGUUUUGGUGGAGGUGAUUUUAGAGGUGAUUGUGAUACCGGUUUUGAUGGAGGUGAUUAUAGAGGUGUUGCGGAGACCGGUUUGGUGGAGGUGACUAGUGGUGAAAAAGCUGUUGGUGAGAGUGGUCACGAGGCAUUGAAAAAAGAUGGUAUGUUGAAGCUAGUAGCGGAUGUCAAGGAGAUAGAUGUUGGUGACAAGGCUGUUGACGAUGAAAUGGUUGGAGAUGAUGUUGUUGAGACAAAGCCGGGUUUUGGGAACACUGUUAAUGAGAUUUUGAGGACGGAUGAUGUGCUAGGUGUCGUUGAGAAGAGUGUUGAUGAUGAGUUAAGGAGUGGUGUUAAGAAAAGUGUUGAUGGUGAGUUAAGGAGUGGUGAUGAGCCAUCAUGUCUUGAGAAGAGUGUUAUUAAUAAUGAGCCGACUAGUGAGAAUGAGACAGGUGGAGAGAAACGUGUUCAUUUUUUUGUUGAGGGAUCUGGCUUUGAGAAGAGUAGUGAUGAUAAAUCUGAUGAGAUGGCUUGUGGUGAUGAAGUUGUAGGAAGGAAAAGAAAUAUGAGGAUGAAGAACUAUAAUAAGCUGUGUGGUGCUACCGAAAAGGUUAGUGAAGCCAUCAAUUCAUGUCAGUUCGCAUUUUACGAAAGAAAAGGCAAAAAUAGAAAGAAAAAAAAAGAAGGAGAAGGAGAAGGCGAAGGAGAAUGA